CUACUUUAAUAACAACAUGCCCGCAAUUGACAUAACAAGGCCUGAUAUUAUUAACUUUCUUAUUGAAAGCUAUGAUAAGACGGCCAAACUACGUAUGAGAUGGAAUACUCUACAUCAGAAAAAACUGCACGAGGCCGCUUCCUUCCAUAAGGAAGAGAAGGGUUAUCGCGAUGUGGACGUGAUAGAGCAAAGCAUGACGGGUGGUAUGCCCGCUACAUCGAGAGACUUCGUCGCUUCUGGUUAUAACAGGCGACGUAUUCCAAUUCGCGAUGCUACGUUUGUCCCGGGAGUAGCAAAUCUUCGUAAAACUCACACCAUCGAAAGCGUAGGACUUGGCGAUCGGAAAGAAGACCCAAGACUGGCCCGUCCAGACACCGAUACAACUUUUGAUCCUGUUAUGAGACCAGUGGGACCGGAACAACAAAAACUAAUAUACAAGGGUUUGCCUCGUUAUGGUCGCGAAGCAUAUUUGAAAGUACGUAAUAGAAUAACGCCAGAGGAUAAGUACUAUUUCCAGGAAUGCGGCGGAUGGGAGUAUGGUUGGAGACUUAAGGACAGUUACUUCUCACGCCACGCUCCUUCACACGGGCGUGUGUUUCGCAUGACUCACGGUUCCAUCAGCCGCACCGGCCCGCAGCCUGACCCACCACACUACAAGGCCUCUGAUAUCCCCGGCCCAUCUAAGUGCCCGGAAUAACAAUUUAUACGUUAUUUAUUUGUAGAUUACUAUUUAAUACCUUGUUGAUUUACUUACCCAAGUUAUUGCGU